GGAUCAUUAGCAAAAAAGUUUCAAAUGAUCGAUCAUGAUGUCAAACAAGUUAUAGCCAAUGUUAAACGGAUGAAUGAAAAAAAUGACAUCAAAGCCAUUCAAUUUUAUAAUUGUAGUAUACGUGAAAAAGAUUAUCAUACAAAACUUUCAUAUAUUAAUCAGGCAAUGAUUUAUGGAUCAAACAACAACAAUGAUGAUGAAUGGAAUCUAUUGCGCAAUAGCGUACGGCAAAGAGCAACGGUUUUCUUUCGAAAUCAAGAUUAUGUAAAUGCAUCACAUGAUUUAGAAUGGCUAUUAUUAACACAGAAUCGUAAUCAUCAUCAUCAUCAUCAUCAUAAUCAUGAUGAUUGGAAAUUAUUGAAAUUUGCCAUAAUCAGUUUUUAUCGAUUAGCAACAAAAUCAUUGUAUAUUGCCGAUUAUCAAGGAAAAAAAUAUGCUAAAAAAAAUAUUGAAAAAUCAGAAUAUUUUCUACAGCAAUUAAAAAUUCUUUCACAAUUGAAUCCAACAAAAUAUCAGAUGGAUCUACGUUUUGUUUAUGGACAAUUGAAUAUUCUGAAUGAGAAAGGUGAACACAGGCAUUUUGAUGAUUUACGUGAACAAAUCCACCAUAAUGAACCGGAUAAGCAAGAAUUUAAAAAAUUAAAUCCUACCAAUAUAUUCGCUGAAUCCAAUGCCGCCAAUACUGUAUUGAUUGAUGAUCAUGGAAAUUUGAUGGCUGGCCGUACAAUAAAUGAAAAGGAAAAAAUUUUCUAUGAAAUGAUUAUGACUAGAAUACCGCCAACAACGACAAUGAAAAAUGAUGAUUAUAAAUAUUGUGCAAAUUGUAAUCGUCGUCUUGGCUAUAGAUUUUAUCCAUGCGCUAAAUGUAUUGAAGUUGUUUAUUGUGAACAAUCGUGUAUGAAAAUGUCCAAUGAUGAUAAUCAUCAUGAAAGAAUUUGUUGUUUAUCACCACAAUAUUUAAUUGAAUCAUUGAUUGAAAACGAUGAUGAUGAUCAACAAAUGGCCAUUUGUUAUGAUUUAUUUGCUAAAUUACCAUUGAGAAAAUUGAUACGAUUAUCAAAAAAAUAUUCAAUAACACGUGCAUAUCAUAAACUAUUGAAACAGAAACGUGAAGAAGAAUAUCCACUAUUUGCAUAUUAUAAUAUGCUCUAUCACUCAUGUGGAUCAUUGGAUUUAAAUCAAAUCGAUAUUGAUCAAAAAUAUUAUCAAAAAAUUUUGAUAAAAUCAUUACAAUUAUCAUUAAUAAUGAAAAAUCAAUUUAACUUAACUAAAUUUGAUUUAAAUGUCCACGAUGAUGGCGAUGAUGAUGAUGAUGGUCAAUAUGGACAAGCCGAAUUAAAAGAUUUGAUCCAAAUAAUCCCAUUGAUAAUGGUCACAUUGACCGUAUUGGAUGGUUAUUAUUUGAAUCAAUUUAUAAAACAAAAAAUGACAAUUUGGAAAUUGAAUGAACAACAACAACGAAAACAAUUAGUUGGCAUUGGUUUUGGUACAUUUGGUUUACAAUUAAUCAAUCAUCAUCAUCAUCAUAAUCAUGCAUCACCAUCAUCGAUGAUGAAUGUAUAUCGUCGAUUUACAAAUAAUGGAAAAUUUGAAUAUAUUGCCACCAGACGUAUUGAACAAGGUGAACGUUUACAAUGGUUAUCAACAUCAACAGCAAAAUUUUCAACUUCAGAUGGUGAUGAUGAACAACAUAAACAAAACAAACGACAACGACGUGUUCAUUUUGAACUAUAGUCAUACAUACAUACAUACAUUUUGAAUGUUUCAAAGAGAAAAAUUUUUUU